AGGGUUUGGGAGGGGCAGACAGAAGGGUUUUCUGCAUUGUUUCAGUUUUGUUCCUGUCGCUUUCAGAAGAGCUUAAAGAUUUUACGAAGAAUUGAGAAAAUGUUUCAAAUAUACAUUGGAUUUUAUCUGAUUUUAGUCCUGUUCCAGGGUGGGGGCUCGACAGAUAUUAAAGACGGAGAUGAUGUAUCAGUCGACUGUGUCCCAGACAUCACUGGCACUUUAAUAUUCUGGUUUCGGAUUCAAAAUGACGGCCCAAAGUUCUUAUUUACUAGUAAAAACGCAGAUGUAAAAUCUACUAAUGUUCCUGAAAACUACAAAGUAACGUAUUCAGGUAGCCAGAUGCGUUUGACCAUUAAGAAUUUCGAUAAAAAGAAAGAUAGUGGUGUGUACACCUGUGCAGCUAUGAACAACAACAUGCUUCGUUUUGGAACACACACUACUAUCAAUGGAAAACCAGAUCCAACAACACAACCUCCAAAAAAAGCUCCAGCACCAACCAAGGCAAUGUCUGAUAUUGUGGCAACGACAAAAACACAGUGUGCAUGCAACAAAAAAGAUCCGAAGACUUUCCUGAACUGUGAGACUUGGAUAUUAUCAUCUUUGGCAUCUGGCUGUGGAUUUCUCCUUCUUAUCCUGGUCAUCACAAUUUUGUACUGCAACCGUAUAAGAACAAGACGAUGUCCCCACCAUUACAAAAGACAUCCUCAGAACAGACCCACAGGACACGCUAAACUACCCAACAGCCACUUUUAGAUCUGGGAAAGAUGAACAAAAGCCCAAUACUGGUUCAAGAUUUUUAUUUUGUUUCUAAUCGGUAUCUAAUGUUAAAUGCAGUUUCCUCUUUUAUGACUAUUAGAUGAUUUUUUUAAAGUUCUUUCUUUGUACUUACUUUUACACGUGUGCCAUUUGCUUAAGAAACAUUUUGAACAACAAUCAGAGCUCACGUUUUUCAUUAUCGUGAAAUGUCUAGUGAAAUGUUUUGUUUUAAUAUGUCUAUUAUAUAGGUUUUUAUUAGUGCUUUCAUUUAAUUAAAACAGUUGUAUUAUUUUAACAUGAGUGUUUUAAAGAGCUAAUGUGCCAUCUGCUGGCCAUAAGCAGAUCUAUCACCAAUGAUCAUUAUGGGGUGGUUUCCCGGAAAGAGAUUAGUUUAAGCCAGGACCAGGCCUUAGUUUAAUUAGGAAAUAUAGCUAGUUUUAACAAACAUGCUUAACUAAAAUCAUUACUAAGACUUAUUACAAAGGGCACUGAUGUAUUUAAAGAUAUGUCAAUGCAAGUUGUUUUCAGUUUGGACAGCUCUUACAUUUAUUUUAGUCUACUGGUUUAAUCCCUGUCCAGAAACCGCCUAUUAUCAAACAAGGUUUAUCCUAGUCCUAAACUAAAAUGCAUGUGUGAGCUGCUUUAAUUUAAAAACACUUUGUCCUGACUAAUUUUAACAAAAUUUGGUGACAUUGUUUUGUCUCAAGAUGCACAUCUUUAGUGUUUUUUGUAAGUUAUGUUUGUAAAAACUAUAAUAUAAAUAAGGCCUAGUCCUGGAUUAGCCUAAAACCUGUCCGGGAAACAGCCCCUAUGUGUUUAGAUACUCAAAUAGGGAAAUAAAAUUAUAAAAUAUAGAUUAUAUUAUAUACAUACUGAAAAAUUUAUUUUAUUUCAACCCAGUUUUAGGGUCGAGCCCAGCCGUUGAGUUAAAUUCACCAAGAAAAUGUUUAUUUGACCCAACAAUGGGUUAAAACAUCCCAGCAUUGGUUAAAUUACAAUCCAUUGUGCCGGGUUCUUCGCUUUUUGACCUAACGCUGGGUUGAAAAUAACCCAGCAUUUUUUUUUACUGUAGAUUUUACACUCUAAAAAAUGCUGGGUUAUUUUCAACCUAGCAUUGUUUCAAAAGAGGAUGAAUUUAAGAUAUGCUGAGUUGUUUUAAUUUAUUGUUUGGUUAAAUAUAAAAAUGUUCUGGGUUAAUUUAACAGUUUGGGCUCAUCCGUAUUUGAACCAAUGCUAAAUAGAAAAUAAUCCAGCAUUUUUUAUUCAUUUUUUUGGAGUGUAUGUAAUGUUAAAUGAAACAAAAAGUACAGUUAGUUGUUUUUAGUUUUAGUUCAGCUUUACGGAACAAACUGCAGUGAUGUUAAUGUAUGUUGCUACAUUUUUCUGUAACAUUUUGAGAUAAAAUAAAAUAAAUAAUUCUAA